UCUCGAUUCUUGUAGUGAACGGUUGUUUGGUUAUUCGAUCACUUGCCAAUAAAUUAUUAAAAAUGUCAGGAAAGUCUAAGGCAUUUACAAAGGAAGAGGAGCUAUUGCUACAGGAUUUCUCUAGAAAUGUCUCGACGAAAUCCUCGGCGUUAUUCUACGGCAAUGCUUUUAUCGUUUCGGCGAUACCCAUCUGGUUGUUUUGGAGAAUACACUUAAUUGAUCUAUAUUCCAAUCUAAUCUCUUUUGUAUUAGUUACAUUAGCUAGUACAUACGCUCUUGCUUUGGCAUAUAAAAAUACAAAAUUCAUCCUCAAGCAUAAGAUUGCUGUAAAAAGAGAAGAUGCAGUAACAAAGGAAAUAAGCCGCAAACUUGCAGAAGAUAAGAAGAUGAGCAAGAAGGAAAAGGAUGAAAGAAUUCUGUGGAAGAAGAACGAAGUGGCAGAUUACGAAGCAACAACAUUUUCAAUUUUUUACAAUAAUGCCCUUUUCUUGGCAUUUGUUAUUGUAUCGUCAUUUUACAUUCUGAAACUCACACCUGCAGUAAAUUACAUACUUUCUGUAGGAGUUACUAGUGCAGUCUUGGCAUUAUUAUCAACAGGAUCUCAGUAAUGUAUAUAUUACCUAAUUCAUAUAUCCUAAUUAACUGAUUUCAUAAGAAACUUCCAUCAAAUUAUUUUUGUUAAUAUGAACACAAUCAUAUAGAUAAUAUAUAGAUAAUAAAGAUUUUCAUUUAUGAUAGAAAA